UAAAAUUGAUUGUCAAUAUACUUCAUCAUGAAUGACUUGUCAAUAAUUUGUAAAUAAAAGAUUGUGACUGUGUUUUUUUAUGAUUAAUUUCAUCAUUCUUACAUAAAUUAAUAAAGUACUAAUAAAUAAGGUUGCACACAAUAACUUACUUGGACAUUACACUAUGGCCGGAUAUUUUGAAGAAAUGGGAUUUACUGAAUUACAGGAUGGACAACAACCCAAUCAUUUGUUGGAUAUGGCUAGAUUUCUGAUAGAUUUCGGGUUUUAUGAUGAAAGUAUUAUUGGUGAAUGGCCAAGGCUUCCUCCACCAGCAUCAAAAGAGGCUGUUAAUAAUUUGCCUGAAAUCACAAUUGAUUGUGAAGACAAAAGCUGUCCCAUUUGUUUGAAAAAAUUCAAUAUUGGAGAAAAAGUUAAGGAAAUGCCUUGUCAUCAUCAAUUCCAUGCAAAAUGUAUUUUGACAUGGCUUGAAAAGACAAACUCAUGUCCGUUUUGUAGACAUGAGUUACCCACGGACGAUGAGGCAUAUGAAGCAUACAGAAAAGAAAAGAAGCGGAAAGAUCAAAGAAAAGAGGAUAUUGAAACACUUCAUAAUUCAAUGUUCAGUUAAAAUAAUGUAAAAUAAUACUAAAUGUAUUAAUUAGUUGAAAAUAUAAAAGACAUGUUUCUAUUCCUAUAUGUUGUGAUAGGUUCUUCAGCAAAUUAUAUUCUUUCUAAGUAAAAUAAAUAUGUAUUUGUUUUGAUGUUA